CCUUUCAAAAAUCGCUACACUUGCCUUCUGUACCAUACUGCGUUCGCGCGCCUUUCGCCUCGUAGCGCCAACAUUUUUUUAAAUUGUUUGUGCCAGCAAUAAAUUCGGGAGUUUUAUUUUUUAUUUUUGUGCCAGUGAAUAGCCAUGGUUCGUCAAAUCGGUGUGUUGUUGUGUUGCUUCGCCGUCUUCGGCAUUUCCCUUAGUGAAGCGCUAUCGGAAAAUAAAACAAGAUGUCGAAACCCACCGACCGCCCCACAGAAGAUCGAACGAGUCAUCACGCUCUGCCAGGAUGAAAUCAAAGUCUCUAUCUUAAGAGAGGCUCUGGACGUGAUAAAGGAGGAGCACACGAUGCCGGCGGAGCGCACGCGCAACAAGAGAGAGGUGCCAUUCACGCAUGAUGAGAAACGCAUCGCCGGGUGUCUCCUCCAGUGCGUGUACCGGAAAGUGAAAGCAGUGGACACGUACGGGUUCCCGACGUUGGAGGGUCUGGUGGGUCUGUACUCCGACGGCGUGAACGAGCGCGGCUACUUCAUGGCGGUGCUGGAGGCGUCGCGGGAGUGUCUCAUGCAGAACCACGACAAGUUCUCCAGGACUGUGCCCAUGGACAACGGUCGCAACUGUGACGUGUCGUUCAACAUCUUCGAGUGCAUCUCCGACCGCAUCGGCGAGUACUGCGGCAACGCCGGACUCUGAAGAGUACAACUCUA